AUGGCGACAGCUGAAGAGCGUAAGCUUGAACUCGAACGUAAAAAGCAGAAGUUGGCUGAAAUCCGGGAAGAGAAAAGACGCCGGGAAGAAGAACGGCGACGAAAUUUGCUGAGAAAUACAAAUCUUGAAAACGGAACAGUGGGCGAUUUGCCGAAAACAUUUUCGCAGAAGGAUCUAGAAGAAAUCCUUGAACCGUUAGGAAUAUCAGCCCAGCCUCAGAUCGAACGUUCCAUUACUCCUAACAACUUUGAUCACCGAACAGAUGGAGAUGGGAACAGCCAGAGAUAUUCAUCCAUUCUCAAAACACAAAAACUUGCCCUUUGUGAAACACAGUUGAUUUCAGUACCACCUAAGGAUGCUGCAAAUUAUUGUAAAACAACGCAAACCGAUGACGAUCGAGUAUCAGCAGGGGAAUUUAGUUUAGGUUCUCAGGAAUUUGAUUAUGAUGAAGAAAUGACGAUGUUGGACAAACAUUUAGAAAUCAAUUUUGACGAAUCUCCUACACGAGAAAUUGCGAAUAUUUUGCCUAAUUUUAAUUUUGGCGUACGCCAUCAUCAAGAGAUUAGUGAAGAAAAGAAAGAGGAGGAAACGAAGGUUCCAGAUUUGAGUGAAGAAGAGAAGUUGCAAAUUCUCAGCAGUCAAAAAUUUCAGCAAUUUUUUGAUUACAGCUCACGCGUCAUGGAACGACAAUUAGCUGAAGAGCUUAGUGUAGCGCAUAUCAUUAUAAAAGCCAUAACAGGUAUUGAUCACUGUGUACAACAUCCGGAAUUAUUUGCCGUUUCUUAUGAUCAGAAUCCUGAUUCUCCUCUUGAUCCUGUUGGAGUAGUACAAUUAUGGAGUUGUCGUUUCAAAAAGCCAACUGCUGAGUACACAUUCUAUUGUCAGUCACUGGUUACAAGUGUCGCGUUUGCCAAAUUCCAUCCAAAUUUGAUAAUGGGAGGAUGUUAUUCCGGUCAGAUUUGUAUGUGGGACAAUAGACUCAGCAAGAAGACUCCUGUCAAUAAGAGUCCUUUAUCAUCGCAAGCUCAUACUCAUCCGGUGCUUAGCAUGGCAGUGGUGGGAAGUCAAAAUGCACAUAAUUUAAUUAGUAUAUCAACUGAUGGAAGGCUUUGUUCGUGGAGCGUUGAUAAUUUAAAUCAACCAAUUGACGUGAUUGACUUAGCAUGGAAACAGAAACAGGUAACAUGCACAUGCAUGUCCUUCGCAUUGGAAGAUGUUAAUAAUUUUGUGGUAGGCAGUGAAGAAGGAAAUGUUUACACGGCAAGCAGGCAUGGUAAUAAAGGCGGAAUAAAUGAUGGCUAUGAAGGUCACAUUGGACCUGUAACAGGAGUUGACACACAUAAAGCUUCUGGCAUUAUUGAUUUGUCACAUUUGUUCUUAUCAUGUUCUUUGGAUUGGACAGUCAAGUUAUGGAGUACUAAGGAGACACGGCCGAUUUAUUCAUUCGAAAAGCAUGGCAAUUAUGUAACUGAUGUUGCCUGGUCUCCCGUUCAUCCUGCUGUUUUUACAUCUGCAGAUGCUAGUGGAAAUGUAUUUCUGUGGAAUUUAAACGAAGACACCGAAGCUCCUGUGUCACAUUUGCAAAUGGAAGGUGGUGUUGGAGUACGAAAGAUGAAAUGGAUGCAGAACGGUCAGCAGCUAACCGUGGGCGAUGAGAAAGGUAAUUUGUAUGUGUAUGAUGUACAUGAAAACCUUACAUGCUGUCGGCCAGAUGAAUGGUCGAAGCUGUCAAGAGCACUUCGUGAUAUCAGGCAGGCGAACGAGGAAGGAGAAGAAUUGUCAGAAACAAUGAAUAGCUUUAAUACAUCUUUUGGUAUUAGUUCAAUAACUAAUGCUGCAGUGGGUGUUGCUGGCUUAUCACCAAGACAACAGUGGUAG